CUCUAUUGGAUACAUGACUCGACAACCGCCGGAGUAACCCAGUGAUCUGACUGGCUAAUGCUGCGGCGCGCGCACGCGGUCUAUCGCCUUGAGCAUAAGGGACUUUCCAUCGGCGCGCUCGGCUCUCUCCCCUUUCCGCCCGGUCCUGCAGCCGGCGGCGAUGGCCGGGGGUGGCAUCGGCCGCCUUCCCGACGUGGACAUUGAUCCCGACGGCGUCUUCAAGUACGUGCUGAUCCGCGUCGUACCAGAAGGGGCGGGACCCGGCAAAGAGAUCGUGCGCGGCUAUGCCUGGGCGGAGUAUCACGCUGAUAUUUAUGACAAAGUAGCAGAGGAGCUGGAGAAGCAGGGCUUCCACUGUGAAUGCUUGGGCGGCGGCAGGAUAUCUCACCAAAGCGGGGCCAAGAAGAUCCAUGUUUAUGGCUACUCCGUGGGCUUUGGUCGAGCAAAGCACUCCGUGUCCACAGAGAAGCUGAAAGCCAGAUACCCAGACUAUGCGGUCACUUGGGCGGACGAAGGGUACUGACGGCAGCAGAGACUACUCCAGAGGAGCCUCAGCCAACUUGCUUGGCCUGCUCCAUUCCUUGAUGAUGCUGCACAAACAAACUGCCAAGGGAAAUGGGCUGGUUUGGAUCUGUGUGCCGUUGCCAGACUCUGGCUACUUACUCCAAGCCUGUGUAUAAACAGAGAAAUAAAUUACUCCUGCCACAA